AGAGGUUUAAUUGACUCACAGUUCCACAUGGCUAGGGAGGCCUCAGGAAACUUACAGUCAUAGAGGAAGGCAAAGGCGAAGCAAGACACGUCUUGCAUGCAGCAGGAGAGACAGCGAUCAAAGGAGGAACUAUCACAGAUUUUUAAACCAUGAGAUCUCCUGAGAGCUAAAACCACCCCCAUGAUCCAGUCAUCUCCCACCAGGUCCCUCCCUCAACACCUGAGGUUUAUACUUGAAGAUGAGAUUUGAUGGGGACACUGAGCCAAACCAUAUCAAAUACCUUUUCUUUCAUUGUCUUAAGGUCUUUCACAGAUCAAAAGUUUUUAAUUUGGUAAAUACCAGUUGAUUUUUUUUUCUUUAAUGAAUCAUGAUUUUGCUGCCAUGGCUAAUAAUUUUUGAACAAUUCUUGAUUCUUGAUUUGAUUCUUGAUUCUUAACGAUUUUAUUCUGUGAGUAAUUUUUUCUUUCAGUCUCUUACAGGAUACCAUUUUAUGGUUUGAUAUUUUACAUUUAGGCUAUGGUCACUGUUGAGCUAAUGUCUGUACAGUUGUGAAGUUUGAGUAGAGAUGACUUCUUUUCUGCUGUGGAUAUUAAGUUAACCCCUCACCAGUUUUUAAAAAUUCUUCCUUCAUUCAAUUCCCUUGGUAACUGUCAAAAAUCAGUUGGAAAUACCUGUGGAGGCUAUUUUUGCACUCUUCUUAUUGUAUUGCAUUGAUCCAUAUGUCUUUUAUUGCCCCCAAACCACACAAUUUUUAUUACCUUUCCUAUAUUGGUAGUCUUGAAAUCCAGUGGAGUGAUUCCAGACACUUUAUUUUUGUUUUUUGGUAACUUUUGUGGAUCCAAUCACUGCUAGCUCUGGAUCCCCCACCGAAAUCCCAGUUCCUGGACUGCUAAGCUGCAGGAGACAACCUAGCAGGAUCGGGUCCAACCUGCAGGCAAAAUAGUUUUAACAUAAACCGUUUUGAACUUGGUAAUUGGAAAACAUUUUGGUUUCCAACAUAAGUGACCCACACAACUCUGAUUUUUUACUUUAAAGCGGCGCAGGCCCCGCCCACUCCAGCCAUGCUUCCAGGCUGCCCGGGCAUGCGCAGUUUCCUACAGUCCCGGAAACGGAUCGUGUUGGGUGAAGGUGACGGCGUCGAGCGUGAGUGUCCCUCUGUGUAGAUUAAACCUGCGCUCCCUGUUUCCCAUUUCCACAGCCGAUGUCCAGGGUCGAUACGGGCCUUAAAAUCCCCGCACCCUCCACCUCAGGUGUCCAAAAAUGACUUCCUGACUCCCUGGAUGCAUUCUGCUGCAGUCCUGCACAUCUCAGGACCUCCCUGAUCUCAUCUCCUGCCUGUGUCCUCCUCGCUCCCUCUGCUCCAGCCACGCAGGCAUCUUUCCUGUUCCUGGGUCGAGGUUGCUCCUGCCUCAAGGCGUUCACCUGGGCUGUCCCUCUGCUGGAACUCGCUGGCCCCUCAGCUGCAGCAUUGACUUCUGAAGACUCUUGGCACAUGAGGAAGAAACCCAGAAGAGGAGAGCAGAGGAGUCAGGAAUGGCUGUUACUCAGUUGACAUUCAGGGACGUGGCCAUCGAAUUCUCUCAAGAGGAGUGGAAAUGCCUGAACUCUACACAGAGGACUUUAUACAGGGAUGUGAUGUUGGAGAACUACAGGAACCUAGUCUCCCUGGAUCUCUCUCGUAACUGUGUAAUCAAGGAAUUAGCACCACAAUGGGAAAGUAACACUGGAGAAGUGUUCCACACAGUGACAUUGGAACAACAUGAAAAACAUGACAUUGAAGAGUUUUGCUUCAGGGAAAUCAAGAAAAAAAUACAUGACUUUGACUGUCAGUGGAGAGAUGAUGAAAGAAAUUACAACAAAGUGACUAUGGCCCCAAAAGAAAAUCUUACUUGUAGAAGAGACCAACAUGAUAGAAGAGGUAUAGAAAACAAGUCUGUUAAAAAUCAGCUUGGAUUAAGCUUUCUACCACAUCCCCCUGAACUGCAGCAGUUUCAAGCUGAAGGGAAAAUUUAUGAAUGUAACCAUGUUGAGAAGUCUGUCAACCAUGGUUCCUCAGUUUCACCACCCCAAAUAAUUUCUUCUACCGUUAAAACCCAUAUUUCUAAUAAAUAUGGGACUGAUUUCAUCUGUUCUUCAUUACUCACACAAGAACAGAAAUCAUGCAUUAGGGAAAAACCUUACAGAUACAUUGAGUGCGACAAAGCCUUGAAUUAUGGCUCACACAUGACUGUACAUCAGGUAAGUCAUUCUGGAGAAAAACAAUAUAAAUGUGAUCUGUGUGGCAAGGUCUUUAGUCAAAAAUCAAACCUUGCGCGUCAUCGGAGAGUUCAUACUGGAGAGAAACCUUACAAAUGUAAUGAAUGUGACAAAGGUUUCAGUCGCAACUCGUGCCUUGCACUUCAUCGGAGAGUUCAUACUGGAGAGAAACCUUACAAAUGUUAUGAAUGUGACAAGGUCUUCAGUCGGAAUUCAUGCCUUGCAUUACAUCAGAAAAUUCAUAUUGGAGAGAAACCUUACAAGUGUAAUGAGUGUGGCAAAGCCUUUAGUGUGAGGUCAACACUCACCAACCAUCAGGUAAUUCAUAGUGGCAAGAAACCUUACAAAUGCAAUGAAUGUGGCAAGGUGUUCGGUCAGACUUCAAGCCUUGCAACUCAUCAGAGAAUUCACACUGGGGAGAAACCAUACAAGUGUAAUGAAUGUGGUAAAGUCUUCAGCCAAACUUCAAGCCUUGCAAGACAUUGCAGAAUUCAUACUGGAGAGAAACCUUACAAAUGCAAUGAAUGUGGUAAGGUUUUCAGUUACAAUUCACACCUUGCGAGUCAUCGGAGAGUUCAUACUGGAGAGAAACCUUACAAGUGUAAUGAGUGUGGCAAAGCCUUUAGUGUGCAUUCAAACUUAACUACGCAUCAGGUCAUCCAUACUGGAGAGAAGCCUUACAAAUGUAAUGAGUGCGGCAAAGCCUUCAGUGUGCAUUCAAGCCUAACUACCCAUCAGGUCAUCCAUACUGGAGAAAAACCUUACAAAUGUAAUGAGUGCGGCAAAGCCUUUAGUGUGCGCCCAAACCUCACUAGACAUCAGAUAAUCCAUACUGGAAAGAAACCUUACAAAUGUAGUGAUUGUGGCAAGUCCUUUAGUGUGCGCCCAAACCUCUGCAGACAUCAAAUUAUCCAUGCUAAGGAGAAACCUUAUAAAAGAAAUUAAUACGGCAAGGUCUUCAAAGUUUAAAUCUUGUGAGUCAUCAAAGAAUUUAUACCAGAGAGAAACCAUACAAGUAUAAUAAAUGUGGCAAGGUUUUCAGUCACAAUUCACUCCUACACAGCAUCAGAGAAUUUCAUUCUUGAGAGAAUCCUUACGAGUACAGCAAAACCUUCAUCACGAGUUCAAGCAUUCAUUGACAUCAGAGCCCGUGCUAAAGAGAAAUCAUAUGCACCUAAGUAUGUGGCAGAGGCUUCAUUUAGGUCUUACAACUCACUAGACAUCAAAAUGUGUAAACAUCUUUGUAUAUUUUGUGCAUGUUGAAGCUAUUAACCAAGGAUCAAAACUGUAACACAUCCAAGGAUUUAUGUGAGGAAUAAUUCAGUCUAGUUGUGCUGAUAAAUUUUUCAUAUUACACAUUGUAGAACAACUGCAAGCCCAGAUGUGUUAAAACUCACACAACAUGAUAUAUAUUAAAGGUUGCAGGAUGUUUGAAGUCA